GGCGAGACGCUGAAGGAUUUCACCCGGUACAAGCGUGCGGUGCAGGCCGCGGAGCUGAGCUGUGAGAGCUCAGAGCAGAAGAGAGCGCUCGGACCGAAGCUGUACCGCAACCUGCUGGGCGCGGACAACUCGAUCAGUGUGCUGAUCGAGCAGUCGGAUCCGAAGGACUACGCGACUGAGGAAGGCGCUCGAGUGCUGCUGAAGUACCUAGAGGACCAGCGCUUCGCCAAGAGUAGCUUCAGGGAGCUGCCGAAGGCGUUCGAUCAGUUCUUCGACCAGACGCACUUCGAGCGCAAGGGUGAAGAACCUAUGGCAGCGUUCUGCACGGCGAUGGAGGUAGCGAAGCGGAACCUAGAGGAGGUCGACCCGGACACGAAGAUAAGUUCCAACGAGCUGGGCUACCACACGCUGAAGCGCAGCGGCUUAGACAAAGACGAGCGCAACUUAGUGAUCGCCCGGGCGGAGGAGACAUUCGAUUUCCAGAAGAUCAGCACGACCUUGAAGAAUCUCUUCCCCCGUGGCGGAGGCAAGCACCGAGAGCGACAGGCUCGCGCCGGUUGGCGCUGGGCGAACUACGCGGACGGCGAUCCCACCGCGGACGAAGACGACACGUUCGACGAGUACUGGGUCCAGGACGACGACGGGUACUGGUACGAGUGGGACGAGGAGCGCGGCACCUACGCGGCCCUCGAGGACGACGACUACGAGUGGGACAACAGCGACAUGUUCUACAUCGAGGACGGCGCGGACGCGUACCUCGCGAAUGAGGACGACGACUACCACCAGGCCCUCGUCACGCUGCGCGAGAGCCGCUUCAAGAUGAACAAGAUCAGGGCGGCACGCGGCUUCUUCAAAGGCAAGAUCGACGGAGUCGUGGACGAGAGUGCGGCGGCCGGCGGCAAGGCGGCCGGAAAGGGAAGCAAAGGCGGCGGCAAAGGCAAGGACAAAGGAAAGUCAAAGGAGAAGAAGUGCGGCAACUGCGGCAGGAUGGAUCACGCUACGCAGGACUGCACGACGCCAAGAGCUUCCGGCCGACCGGCGAGCAAGGGCCUCAAGGGCCGCGGCAAGACGAGCAAGGCAGGACGUCCACGACGGCUGGGCUUCUGGGCCAUGACGACGCUGGUGUGCGUCAUGCCGGACCUGUUCAGCAACGGGGGCGUCGAGAGCCAGGAGGUCGCGACGGUGAAGGUCGAGGAGUCCACCGAGCACGACAUCAUGAUGAUCGACACCGAGAGCGACUACCGCCUGCCCGACGUUCCCGAGGUCGACGUGAUGAUCUCGAGCGAGAUCGUCUCGGCCUCCCUGCUGGACAGCGGGGCCACCGUGGCGGUGGCCGGGCGCGGCUGGCUGGACAAGCAGAAGACGGAGCUGGCGAAGUACGGCCUCGAGCCGAUCAUCGUGGACGCCGUCCAGAAGUUCAAGGGACUCGGCGGCGCACGACGCGAGGCCAAGAAGAAGUGGAUCAUGCCGAUCGGGAUCGGCAAGGUGCACGUGAUCCAGGAGUACUUCGAGAUCCCUGGCGACAUGAUCGGCCUGACGAGCAAGAAGAACCUGGCGGACUGGAAGACGAACCUCUACUUACGCGAGGACGGCCAGUGGGCCGACUUCGAGGAGCUGGGCCUGUACGACAUGGAGCUGAUGAAGCUGCCCGGAGGUCACGCGGGGAUCGACAUCCUCGACUUCGACCUGGAGUCGUACGAGGCGGACCCCUUGUUCGAACAGUUCCGCAUCAGGACCGAGAGCAUCCAGCACAGCGAGCCGGAGGUGUUCCUGGUGGCGGAGACGCUGCAGUCGGGGCCCGACUUCAAGCACCAGGACGACGCCGACCGGUGGGUCCAGGAGGCCAUCAGGAACGGCAACAAGGGCAUAUUCAAGAGGAGUACGCUCAAGCGGAUCGACAAACUAAUGAAGGAGUAUGCGGUCAUAUUCGAUGUGCUGCGCGACAACAACGAGACGUUUCUCUGGGAGCUGUUUGCGAAGGAGGCGCGUUUUACUCGUGUAGCUUCGAAGGGAGGUCACGCGAAUGCGACCCCCUCGGAUUUAACGACAGGUGUGAACUUCAACGACCCGAAGGUGCGAUCGGAUUUCCUGUUUUUGAUCAGGACCUUUCAGCCCUGGAUGGUUUCGGUCGCAUUCCCGUGCACCGCCCACUCGAAUAUGCAAGAGUUUCAACGUGCUCAGGGCAUGGGCGACCGGGUGGACGACCUGAUCCAGGAGUUUGAGCCGCUGAUCAGCUUCUCAGCGGAGGUGCUCCAGAUACAAGCUGAAGGUGGACGCAUCGGCAUCGGCGAGAACCCUCUCACCAGCCGGGCGUGGCGGGAAGCACCGAUCGUGAACCUGCUCAGCUGGCACGGUGACAAGCCACCGCUCUACGAGACGGUCACGCUGCACCAGUGCAUGUACGGGCUCAUGGACAACUACGGUGACCCGAUCCGCAAGCCGACGCGCAUGAUGGUGCCCAACGGUUCGUGCUUUUCCGACUGGCUCGAGCGCAAGUGCGACGGGAGCCACAAGCACGCCGACAUGGUUGGGCGCAGCGCGGAGCUGGCACAGGCUAGCGCCUGGCCGGACGACCUGGGCAAGACCUUGGUGGCUGCGGGCACUCGCGAGCUGGCGCGACGGACCAGCCCGAAGGAGAUGCGCAUCGGGAGCAAUACGACGAAGUCCCCGAGCAAGCAGGUGGUGAACGCUGUGGCUAAGGCGUUCAGGCUGAGGAAGGAGCUGAUCGACGUGCGCGUACUGACGGGCACCGAGGAGAUUACACCACCUCGUGGAGCUAUACGGAGGAUCUACGCGAUGUACUCCGACGAGGGCGUGCUGGCGGACUACAGCGACGCCUACGCGGGCGACCAGGACUUCGCGACGGUCAAGACGGCUAAGCGGUUCCCGACGGACACGGUGAUCGCGAUCUACGUGAACGAGCCGAAGGUGCAGACGUCAUACCCUGCGACGGUGCACAUCUAUGGGAGCAAGCCGAAGGCUUUCACUCCAGACGACCGCGAAGCUGACGAGGCACAUCGAGACCUACAGCAAGAAGGCGAAGGCUUCGGAGACAAGCCUUCGGACAUCACCACGGCCCAGUGGGGCGCGCUCAAGAAGCUCCACCUGAACCUGAGCCACCCUUCGGCUCACGCACUAAAGCGACGCCUGAAGUCCUACGGGGUGUCGCAGAAGGUUCUGGACGCGGUGGACAAGCUGGACUGCGUCGUGUGCAAGGAGCUCGGCAGACCGACGACGACACGGAGCUCCAACCUGAAGCUCUCGACGGAGUUCAACCAGAACGUGUUCUUGGACGAGGCCGAGGUGAUCCUCUCGGACGGGACCAGGCUGAUGGUCAUGGUGAUCCUGGACGAUGCCUCGGGUUUCAGGGUCAUCAUCCCUACAAAAGCGGUGAGGUCCAUCACCGGAGAGGAGAGCUUGCGAUGCUUUUCGCAAGGUUGGUUGUCGUGGGCUGGUGCGCCUAAGGUGCUCUACUACGACGCGGCCAAGGGCCACAUCACGAAGCGGUUCGUGGAGGUCGGCGACAAGUACAACAUCCUGAUGAGGCCGGUCCCAGCAGAGGCGCCACAGCUGAAAGGUCGAGUGGAGCGAGCGAUCGACUUCUUCAAGGACCACUUCCAGCGCCUCAACCGCGACGUGCAGCUCACUAAGGACGACGACCCGCACGUGUGGACAGCGGUGAUCGCUAGCACGUGCAACGAUCAUAUUCGGCGGAACGGCUUCACACCAAACCAGUACGUGCUGGGCAAGUCGCCCGGGGUUCCGGCCUCGCUGAUCGAGGCGAUGGAGGGCGACCAGCGGCAACUGGCAGCACAGAGUGCAGCGCUCUUCGAGGACGGACCGAGAAGGGCAGAACAGAUACGCGCUGCGGCGAACCGGGCGUUCUUCGAGCUGGAUAGCGACGACGCCGUCAGGAGGGCCAUGGUCGGCCGCGUUCGCCCGCCGCGCGGGCCGUUCGUACCGGGCCAGCUGGUGUACUACUGGCGCGAGGUGAAGCACGUGAAGUCGAAGAGGCUCCAGGGUGAGCACGGCUGGCGGGGACCCGCGAUCGUGUUGGCCACCGAGGGCCACACGAGGCUGCACCUCAGCUAUCGCGGCGUGCCGGUGCUCGCGACGCCGGAGCAGGUACGACACGCCUCGCGGAACGAGGCGGAGAUGGUGGAGAACGAGGACCUGGUCAGGCAGCUAUCCCACUGGCGUGGAGGACCGACUCUACAGAAGGGGUUCAUUGAUGAGCGUGGACCUGGGCCUGACGGGAGCGACAAGACAGGCGUGCGCCGCGAGAGGGACGAGAAGGACUCGGACCACGAGGACGACGCGGGCGACCCGCCUGUGGCUAAGGCGCCACGCGCCGAGCCAGCACCACCACCACCGAAGCCGGUGAUCGAGGCGACGCCGAAGAAGCAGCACAAGGCACUCCGCAUCAGCAUCAACAGCAACAACAACCAGAUCGAGCUGAGCAGCCAGAGCCUGCACCACGACUCAGACGACCCGACGGACCAGGACGCCCUGCUCAGCAAGGUCAAGAACCGCACGAGGGACGCGUUCCUGGCUCGGAGGACCGACACGCCGAAGAAGCAGGUCACGCCCAAGAAGGGCCGGGAGCUACGCAGCAUCCCACCUGAGUGGAAGGCGGCCUUCGACGCGAGCGACCUGGAAGAGUGGCGCAAGUGGGUCGAGUACGACGCCGUGGAGUGGCCUACCGACGAGGAGCUCGCGGGAGUCGACCAGUCGGCGAUCCUGCCCAUGAGGCGCGUCCGCACGGACAAGAACGAGGCGACGAGAGGCAACUUGUCGUACGAGCAGCAUCCGCUCAAGGCGAAGUCCAGGAACAUCGUCCCGGGCUACAAGGACAAGCAGCUGCUCGCGGGGGAGUUGAAGACCAAUGCUCCUACGCUGACGGACGUGGCCACGGCGGUGAUCGUGCAGGAGGCGGCCAGCCAGGAGGGCUGGAGGCUGGAGCAAGGCGACGUCGACUCGGCGUUCUUGAACGGGAAGUACCUCGACGACUCUCGGCGCGUGUACUUCCGCGCGCCGAAAGGCGGACUGCCGGCGGUGCCCGAGUUGGGCUGGCCAGCGGUCCCAGAGGGGACGGUGCUGAAAGCGAAGAAGGGCAUCUACGGGCUGAACGACGCACCACUGCUGUGGUACGAGGAGCAUCGAGAUACCAUACUGUCCCUGCCCGGUGCUUCAAGGUCGAAGCUGUGCCCGGCUCUCUUCAUCUUCCACGACGAGCACGGGAAGCUGAUCGGCCUGAUCGGGACGCAUGUGGACGAUGAUUUGGUAGCGGGCUCGCCCGAGUUCUUCGCCAAUCAGGUGGCCAAGCUGAGGAAGAUUCACUGUUGCGGCAAGUGGCAGACGGCGAAGGCCGGCUUCCAUCACUGCGGGCGCUUCCUCAAGCAGAACGACGAUGGCACCAUCACCUGCAGCCAGAAGGAGUACACCGAGAGCAUCGAGAAGAUACCGAUCUCGAGCGAGCGUCGCAAGAACAAGGAGGCGAAGGCCACUGCUGAGGAGAGGGCGAUGCUCCACAGCGGCAAUGGCCAGAUCCAGUGGCUGGUGCGGUCGACCCGCAUGGACUUGGCGUUCCGGCUGGUGGAAAGCCAGGCAAGGGCUCACGACAGCGACCUGAAGGUUCAGGACCUGCUGGAUUUCAACAAGCUGGUGAGCGACGCCAAGACGGACCACGUGGACAUCACCUUCCAGAAGAUCAACAUAGACGACGCGAUCGUGGUUGCAGUUGGGGAUUCCAGCCACGGCAACGUGGGCAAGACGAAGACCGCUAGCCAGGCGGGCUUGGUCAUCCUGCUCGCGGACAAUAAGGACGACAAGUUCCUGCAAGGGAGACCGGCCAAGGUCACGCCCAUGCUGUGGCGAUCACACCGGAUCAAGCGAGUGGUCCGCAGCACCCUCUCUGCCGAGACGAUGGCGGCGCUGGAGGCGGUCGAGAGCGGGGACAUGCUGAGGCAGCACCUGGUGGAGCUGCACUACGGACUCGGCUACCGGACUCACAUGGAGGACGUGAAGGCCAUCAAGAUGGUGGAGGUCACGGACUGCAAGUCGCUCUACGACCUACUCCAGAAGCGAGGGACGGUACCCUCCGAGAGGCGGCUGCUGAUCGACAUCGAGGCGCUCAGGAAUGACUUGGAGUUCAACAACGUGGUGAGCAAGUGGGUGAACACGAAGCAGAUGCUCGCCGACUGCCUCACCAAGAACGACGUGCGCGCUGGCGACUACAUGAGGUACGUGCUCCAGACCGGCGAGUACCGGCUCACCGAGGACCUCAUGGCCGACCAGAUCAUAGCCAAGCAGAGGAUGGAGCUCAAGGGACGCAGGGGCGAGUACUACCGCGCGAAGUACCCCAAGAGACUGCGACCUGCCGAACAACACUACGUUCACGAAGGCUACACCUACUUCGAGGAGUGCAUCGCGGACGUUCGGUACAACGCGCGCGUGCUACAGCCUGCUCCGAAGCCAUACCUCCGAUGGCGCAUGACGCUCGGCCAGCGCGAGGACGACGUUUACUACGAGCAGCUUGAGGAGAUGGUCGACUGGUCUGGCCUGGACCAGGUGUCGAAGCGCAGGAGGAUCCCCACGCAGAUUCGGAAGCUGCUGACGAUCUAUGCGCCGACCAAGGCCGCCCUCGAGCGCUACGAGAAGGACUUCACGGAGAAGCACGUGAUCAAGAAGCCGAAGGUGACCGACGAGGGCGACAUGCAGGACAAGCUGGAGGUUACCGAGGAUCUUGGUGCGAUCGUGGAGUCGGCCGAGACGGUGAAGGUGGACGGCACCAACGAGGUCGCGGAGAUCUACAUGAUGGACGCUGCGGGUGCUGAGACCGAGGAGGUCAAGUCAGGCGCCGCCGCGGCCGCGACGGUGGUUGUGUGUGCAGUGUGCCGCAUGGUGGUGGAUCAGUGCGAGUGUGGACCGCGAACCCGCAAGAAGGCCAACCAGCGAUCAUCGUGCUCAACCCAUCCGGGAGAGCUACCGCCAGUACCAGGUGACGACGACGAAGGCGGCGAUGACGCCGGUGAAUGGGAAAAGCUACCACACCGACUCUACCAGGAGCGGCAGAAGUCUACGACACCGACGAAGAAGGCCAUGAUGAAGGCACGCGCGUUGCACGAGAAGACCAAGCACGCAUCCUACAUGCAGAUCGAGGAGGACUUCGGCGAGGUGCUGGAGGAAGGCGUCCUGGAGGCGUACGAGGUGGUCGUCAACAACUGCGACGUGUGCCGGAAGGGCAAGAAGACCUACGCCUCGGUGCAACGCGGAGUCAACAUCAAGGAGUUCAGGAUGGACGGGUCCAGCAGCAGCCACCAGGGAAAGAGCCAGGGCAAGACCGGCCCCAGCUCAGACUACUGCGAGCACCCGAAAGAGAAGCUCACGACCCGAGGGAGCAACCAGUACAAGGACAAGCUGAGGUGCAUGCAGUGUGGCUCACUGCUGGUGGACACCGACACCGACUGGUGGCGGCAGGAGAAGGAGUAUCGUGCCCAGGAGAAGCUCCUCCGUGCUGAGAAGGAGAAGCAGGUGCAAGCCGAGAUGAAGGCUAUCCGCUUGCGCGACAUGUACCAGAAGGCCUCUGGCGAGACCAGGGUUGGGGCCAGAGACGAAGCGGGCCGGCUUCAGCCCGACGAGCGUUUCUCCUACGAGUCGCGCGUGCCCGACGGUCUCCACCGGGCGGCUCGUGCGUGGCCCUGGGUCUCGGAGCCCGAUUCAGACGGGACCGCGUGGGUUGUCCAUGGCAUGCUGAUGAGCUCGGCUGCCGCGCUGAUGGCACUUGGCUGGGGCGCUGGAUCGCGCGCCGGCGCGUGGUGCUUCGCGGUGCUCAAGCUCACGGUGACACUGCAGGACCCGAGCCUGAUGAACAAUCACGAGUAUUUGUACGGCCUCAUCGGUGCCGUCCUAGCCGUGAGCGACGCGCACCGCGCCGAACAUUCGCUUGUCGCGCACGCCGGCGCCGCCGCGCUCGCGCCAGCGGCGGGCUGCGAGGCCGACUCGGGGCAGGCGGCCGUGCCUGGCGGCGUUCCCGCGAGCACGGGGUUGUGGAUCUUCGCGGCCGCCGUGGCUUACCUGGGCGUGGUGGACUGCAACUGGGGCAGCAUUCCGGAAUGGACCGACCGCGCCUCGGGGCGUCCUCCCCCUCUGGGGCGCCGCGCUCCUGGGCCCCUCCCUGGGCGCCGCGCCCUCCGGGGCGCCCUCGGCCGCCGCCGCUGCUGCGCCUGCGUGGCGCGGCUUCGACCCGUGGCUGCUGAAACUGCUCGUGACGCGGUGUAUUUCUACGCCGCCGUGGCCAAAUUGAGCGAGGAUUGGAUGUCGGGCGCGACGAUCUCGCGAUUGCUCGCCACGUGGUCCAAGACGCCGCGCCUGGCGGCCGCUGCGGCCCAGCUGCCGUGGUGGAUGCUGCCAGCAGGUGGGCUCUGCGUGGAUGCGGUGAUGGUGGUCGGCGUGUGGCUUCCACCGGGGUGGCUGGCGGCUGCGGCGGCGCUCGUGGCAGCUACCUUUCACGCGUCCAACCAUUCUCUCUUCGUGCUCGAGACCUUCCCAUGGGUCAUGCUCUCCACGCUGGCCGUCUCGCUGCCGCUCCCACUGCGCCUCGGCCGGCGCAUUAUGCGCGUGCCCGCCGCUGCGCUGCACAUGACAGCCGCCUUGGCGCGCCGCCCAGCGAGAUGGUGUGCCGUCGCCUCCGCCGCGGUCGUGCUCGGCCUGGCGCUGCUCAUGCCGAUGCCGUGUGCCCUCCACGCCGUUGCAGACUGGGAGAGGGGCGACCAGCAGUUCGGCUCGCAGUGCAACUUCUUCUCGUGGCGCAUGAUGACGCGCGCGAGCACCACGAUGCCCACGCGCCUCUUCGUCACUUCGAUCGGAGGCGGUGCGCCUGUCCGCAUAGUCUCGCAGGACAAGAAGGGCGAGUCCCAGCACGAAGACUUCGCGCACCAGGCCGCGCGGUGGGCCGCCGCGCGUGAUCCCUUGUGCGGCGGCUCCAGGGGGAAGCGCUGCAGCGUGAGCCUGGAUGCCUUCUUCGAGGUCAACGGCCCGCCCUUCCAGCGCUUCAUCGACCCCACCGUCGACCUGCUCAGCGUGCCGCGGCCGUGCAUGCACUGGCUGCACAAUCCCGCCGCACAGCCUGGCGCGCGGCCGGGCGCCACCGAUGCGUGCUUGCUCGCGCCCGAGAACGCGUCGUACGUCGACUGGUGGCUUCACGCGGCAGCCGCGUUGGUCCGCGCCACGCUCGACAAGCCCGUCCCACUUGCGCCGUGGGUGCGCCCGCGCCUGUGGCGGUACCGCACGCCCUCGUGGAGGCAGGCGUAUGGGUCGAUCGCAGCGCGCGCCAGGGCGCGCGGCAGGACGGUCUUCUUCAUGGCGGACGGGCUGGACGACGAGCAGGCCCAGGGCGGCGCCAACGCCCAGUACAUCCACGCGACGGUGACCGCGGACGGCUCGCCCGCGGAGCUGCGCGUGCUGCACGGCCAGCUGGCCGUUAUCGAGAUCGCGCGCGCUUCCGGCCGCACCACGCUGGGGCCUGGCCAGGUGGUGCACCUCCGCGCUGGGCGCGUGCACGGGUUGUUGGCCGUGUCGAGCAGCGCGCUCUG